CGGUGACUCAGGGCAGUAAUGACAAGGUACGUCACAAUGAGUGGGUAUUCUGCACUACGUAAAUGCGUAGGCACUUGGCUAAUUAGUUUUUGUAGCCAACUAACUCAAACUUACGGUACCUAAAUACUUUAUGCAUUUUAAAUCGACUUCAAUUUUAUAAAGCGAGAGGACAUUCUCAGUCUGGAAUUUAGGGUGUAUUUUUGUGUAUAUAAUCCGAGGUAUGCUUUAAUUAUGAAAUUACUCAUAUCAAAUUGAUCAAUUCUGUGUUUGAUAUAUGGUAUGAGAUGAUAUUAUGAGAAAUAGCUAAUAGGUGUCACUGUGAUUACUAUGAAAAUAUAAUAAAUACAAAAAAAUAUGUGAAAAAAUCAUUUGAAUAUCACGGUUUGAUUUAAAAAAGAAUUUACAAAUAAUUAAAUUUUGUUAAAAAUGAGUAUAUAACUUAUAUUUGUGAUUUUCAACUCAAAUACUUUGGUUAAGUAAAUUAUGAUAAAAUACUAGAAUUAUUUUCAAAGAAUUAUUUCUAAACGUUAUGAUCACGUCUCGCCCACAGCCACUGCGAAGCUAUUUACGUAUCCAACGAUUUAAAAUAGAUCGUCGUAGAAAUAUUUUUAUGCGAUGUUCGUUCUAAUAGUGUAACUUAUUAGAGCUUUCCAAUAAUUUUUAGUAUUUUAGAUUAAUCAGCUUUUUUAUAAGGGUUCUGCUGUCAAAUACAAGAAAACGGAACUCUUAUAAUUUCGUCAUAAAUCCGUAAGUCACAAAAAUUUGACUUUGACUUUACCAAAACACAGCCUUAUAAAGUGUAUGGCUGUGUUGGCCUCGAAUACCACCACCUCAUCUCUUCCAGUGAGAAUCGUAAAAAGCAACUAAGACAUUCACGAGUUAAUGGGUGGUAUCGUUAUUUUAGCAGUUAUACUAACGUACUGUCAUAGCCAUCCUCUAUUUUCUGGUAGUAGGGCGUAUUGUAAACUCGCAAGGCUAGGUAACAACGCCCUGGCUAUUUCUGCCGCGCAACAUGACGGUGUUUCUUUGUAGGAUAAGCCAGGCCUUUUAGAAUUGGGACUAUCACCUCGUACCUCAACGUGGGUGGCAGCAUUUCAUGUCUAUGCGCUCCGCUAGCCGGUCAAGACCAGGUUGACCGUCACCUCGUUCAAUCACGUCACGCAAAAAAAAUAUUUAAAACUUACUAGUAACUAUAGACAAAUUUUGGAAAUCACAAAAAAGGUUGGUCUUUAUAUAAUUGUACCAAGUAUCUAAUGAAAUAUUUGGGUCCAAAUUAAAAAAAUAUAUUUUGCUGAAAUUUUAAUUAACUUACAAAAAUUAUGAACGAAAUAUACAAAAAAUACAUUUUUUAUGGUUCCUUAUUGUUGAUCGGAUUUCCUUAAAGAAAUGUCGUCUGUAUCUGUAACUGUAUCCUACAUAAAUUUUGUAAAGGUCCAGGGCAUCAUUUCAUAAAAAUAUAAAAAAAUUAUAGUAAAAACAGCUUAUGUAUAACAUAUAUUUAUAUAUAAAAAAAUAAUUUUUGGAGAGCGCAUUACCUCAGCGGUUCGUACUUAGUGAAAUGCUUCUUCAAUACAGUUUAUUUAAACGUUUUUUUCGUUAAUAAAACAAAAAUAGAUAAGAUAAAUUAGAAAAGUCGAUUCAAUGUCGUUAAAAACAACGAUUCAGUAUGUUGUAAGGCUAUUGAACGUGAAAAUUGCAAAACCUAUAAUUUAGGCCCAUUCAUAAAAUUAUGACAUGGUUUUAUUUUUCAACGUUAAGUAACUUGUGUUUCUUACGAGAUGCAUAAAUUAUUGUUGGAUACAGAGAUUCGUUUAGAAAUGAUUAUGUAUUUUUGAUAACACAAGCUCUUGUAUAUAAUGUAUUUGAUAAAAGAAAACUAAAGCAAGUUUUGCUGAAUUUCAAAAAUUGUAUGCUUGCGAUGCUGUGAUCGCGAUAUCAUUAGCUCAUAGUUUAGAGUGCUCGUAUUCUAUUCGUAAAUGUUCGUGUCUCUGAAUGUCAGUCGAUGCAUAACAGGCGUCCGAGUUGUUAGUAUGUGGUUAUGUUACCACUUGCUGCUUCCCACGCUUUGUCUACAAUUAAAUUAAAGAUAUAAACUUAAACAAUGAAAGAUAUUAAUGUUAUUUUGUGAACAAAUUUAUAGCAGUGCAGUAUUUAAAAUUAUUUUUAUGCUACUAAUUGAAAAAGUGAUUUAAAAAAAAAUUGAAUUUAUAAUUGAGAAAAGGUGUCAUUGAUUCGAUCAGUCAACCAUUAAAAGUGCAAGUGCUACUACUUACUGUACGAGCUCUGUGUCAUUGUGUGAUCUCAUGCUACCAACCAAACGGUGUUCACAAAUCCGAAAAUCGUAUUUUCCAUUGUGGUUUCAAGGUUGACACCAGUUGUAUUUUACCGGAAAAGCCCGAUGUUAUUUUAAGAUCUUAGAACCCCUUGAGGGAGAGACACAGCGAUGGUGGACUACUACAGGGUACUUGGUGUAACUCGAACUGCUACUGACACUGAAAUAAAGAAAGCGUACAGAAAACUAGCACUGAAAUGGCAUCCUGAUAAAAAUCCUGACAAUUCUGAUGAAGCUAAUCGAAGAUUCAAAGAAAUUUCUGAAGCUUAUGAGGUUCUUUCAGAUGAAUCCAAGCGGAAAUUAUAUGAUGCACGUGGCUCCAGUCAUCACGGUCACAGAUAUCAAAGCAAGAAUGGAGUCAAUGGUCAUCGACACUUUAGCUUCAAAGGGUUCUUUGGAGAUACACCAUUCCACCGCUUUUUUGAGAGAAAACGCAGAGUGUAUGACCAGUACGGCAAGGAAGGAUUGAAUAACGGAAGGGGUCGUCGCUCUGCCGCAGACGAGGACUACGAAUUUGGCUAUGCAAGCUUCCCAUUCACAUUCCGAGAUCCCGAAGAAGUAUUCAGAGAAUUCUUUGGUGCCUCAUCUUUCGGGGAUUUAUUUGCUGAAAUCAAUGGUCACGGACACCAUCCGAGGCACAGUCGACGAAGUCACCCGAGCACCUCCCUCACGUCGUCCAUGUUCAAUCCGUUCGGGUUCGGGAUGCAGGGGCUGGACGACAUAUUCGCUCACACGAACGGGAACACGUUCACGUCUUUCUCGACCUUCAACAGUUCGCUGGCGGGCCCCGGCAGCGCCAACAUGAGGAGCACCACCACAACAACGCGUACUGUCAACGGAAAAAAGAUCACAACCAAGAAAGUCACAGAGAACGGACGAGAGACAAUAAUGUCUUACGAAAACGGGGUUCUAAAGUCAAAGACUGUCAAUGGAGUACCUCAAUCGCUAACGUACAGUUAAUUUAUUGUAUUUUUGUAACCAAAUUUGAUCCAAAUGUUAUUUGUAUUCAACGUAAUGCGAUGUACGCGAGUUCCGAUUUUAAUUUUUAUUUUGCUUUUAAUAGUUUAGCAUUCGAUACUAAAUUUAAUAAAACUAAAAUUGUGAUUACACGUAGGUAAAUGAUGCUUUCGAACACAACAAAGUGGAUGCGAGGGCAGACUUGCUGCUCAACAUAUCUCUUAGGUUUAAUAAUGUCGUCGACUCACUCGACUGGAUAUAAAGAUGAUUGAUUCAAAUUGAUCGCUACUACGACGAUAACGUUAUUUUGCUGCCAAUUUUUUUUUUAAUCUUUAUUUUAGGGUCUAGAUUUUAAAGUGUUUAUCACAUUAAUUGUAGAUUAGCAAAUGUUGGAACAACUUCUUUAUUUAGGUACCCAACUAUCUGGGAACGUUUGUACGAAAGAAUCCUUAGGUUACGUAAUUUUCAGUUUACGCAUUUUGAUUCGAAACUAUUGUUUAGUGUAUGAGGGUAGGAGCGCAUUGGAACUAUUCCUACUACCUCUUGACAUAAACUCCACCGUUCCUCUAAGUCCACUGCGAGCACGCGGUGGCCAAUACCCUAUAAUACUACCAAGUGAACGAUGCAUAACGCUAAACUAAUAUUUCUAAGACACGUACAUACACUCGAAAUUGGUAUCAUUAUCAUCAAUAAAAUAGACAAAAACGGGCGCAAGUCAUUCGUGCGCGUCAUAUUGUCAACGAGGAUUUAACAUUUGUCAUAAAUACGAUUGCCAUUGCGAAUAUCUACUGUUUUUUCUAAAGUCAAAAUAUAGUAGGCUUAAUAACCAUUGAAAAUUGAUAGAAAAAACAUUAGAAAACUAAUUCUUGUUACAGAAAGCUUUAAAAACUUUGUGCUUUAUGUAAAUUUAAUUUUCAAAUUUACGAGGUUCGUUAUUUUCUAAAUAUUAAAUUAGUAUUUGUGUGUUUAGGGGAAAAACUUAGACAAUAUGCUAUUCUUGUUUUUGCUAUUAAUAAAAGCGAGAAUAUGUAUUUUUGUAAUGCGUAAUAAAUUACUUUCGAGACUUUGAAGUAGAAUUUCUAUCUCGAUUCUUGUUCUCUUUUGUUCUUGCGACCCAUAUUUUUGAAGUAAAUAAUAUCAUUCCUACAUGAGAACACAAAAGGUACAAAUUUUUAUUUUAUUUUUAGGAGUUUAUUUCCAAGUCUUUGCCAAAAAACAGCUUAGCUUUAUAAUAAUAAUGUUUAGCAAAUUGUCAUUUGAUGUUAAAAGUUACUUUGUACGUUUUCAUUUUGGUUUAUGAUUAUAAAUUAAAUCGAUGUUUGAAUGUGAUUAUAACUACAGUUUAUUGUGUAAUUUAAGCACUAGACGCCUUUUCUACUUUUACUGCAUUACCAAUAUGUAGUAUUCAUAUAAUGUACUUAAAUUCUGUUGGUUGAAUUAUUGAAAUUAGGUACUUGGAAUGUAACUAAAUUAAAACAAGUCAGAUUCUUAAGAUGCUGUAGUGCCAUCAUUAUGAAACAAUUUUAGCACUCAAUUAACUUUGUAUAUAAUAAAUUUAACUUCAAGAUCUCGUUUCUUAAAUUGUCAGCGACUAGAGAGCACUACAACGGAAAAGAUACCUAAUAAAAUAUAAUUUAUAAAA